CGUUUUAGCUCCCCUCUCCAUCUAGGGUUUCUCUCUCUCUCUCUCUCUCUCAACCUAGAACGAAACCCUAGAAGCCAUGGCGAAUUACGACCUCACAUCUCGAAUCGCUCCUCAUCUCGACCGCCAUCUGGUUUUCCCCUUGCUCGAGUUCCUUCAGGAGCGCGGUUUUUACAACGACGAUGACAUCUUGAAGGCCAAGAUCGAGCUUUUGAGCAAAACGAACAUGGUUGAUUACGCUAUGGACAUCCACAAGAACCUCUAUCACACUGAAGAGGUUCCUCAAGAGAUGUUUAAUAGGAGAACGGAGGUCGUUUCGAGGCUGAAAUCAUUGGAGGAGUCUGCAGCUCCUUUGAUUUCGUUCCUUCAGAAUCCGUCUUAUGUUCAGGAGCUCAAGGCUGAUAAGCAAUACAACGUCCAGAUGCUCAAUGACCGGUUUAAGGUUCUUUUUUUAUUUGCUAUGGUUGUAUUGCUGAAUUUAUUUGAUUUAAAACUGAACAGAAAUCUGCAGGAAAGUUGUUAUUCUGCUAUUGUUUACUUGAGAUUAUCAAAUAUCCUUGAAACUAUCUAACGGUUUAGGGGUUAG